GGUUUCCCUCGUAGGAGGAGACCAUGGAUGAGUUGUGGGGCGCAUGGCACCCCGAUAGGACGUCCGGACAGAGAUGGGGCGGGUGCCAAGCCAAAGGCCUCGAUGCCUUUAGAAUGGUUAAAAUAUGGUGUGUAGUGGGAUUGCUUUUGUAGUUACAACACUAUUCUGAUUCUCACUCCAAGAGGCAGGUCCUAGUGUUGUGCUUUUCCUAAUUAAUGCCGACUUUUAAAAAGUAGGCCUGGAAAAUAUUGUGAAUUAAUAAGAACAACAAUAAAAUCCUGUUUACCCGUUUAAUAUGUUGAUAGGCGACUUCGCGGUUAAAAUUUAGGUUUUCUAGGAGGAAGUGUUCCUUUUGCUUGCCUUUGAGAGCUAGAAGCCUGGACAGUUUGCCUUUUAUCACCUGUGCUGUGCUUUAUCGUUUUUGCUAAUUAAUUUGAGUUACUUCAUAUGGUGGGGAAAGAACCUUAGUAAAAGUUCAUCCUAUUUAGCUCUUCGAGAAAAAUUUUUCGAGUAUGCCUUGUAUUUUAUUGGCUUCAGCUGAAUAGUUGUGGUGUAUUUAUGAAUAAAACUAAUAAGCUGAGAGAUUAAUUCAGGUUGAGAGAAAAGGAGUUGGAAAAUUUUGUAGGACAUCUGGCAGUGCUGUCUAGUUGGCAGUUAAAAAUACUGGUAUCUGGUUUUUCUGAAGUUAAUUUCAGUUAUAGAGGUUGGAAGCAGCAGUGGAUUUGUGAUAGUUAAUCCUGUUGGGGUGUAAAAGUACAGAAGAAGAACUGGGAUGGAAAUGCCAGUAUUAAGUGAGGGGUACAGACAGCGCUGGAGACCAAGGAGGAACGGUCCAGAAAGAGGAAGACUAGGGGACGGUGGCUUUGCAGAAGGUAGGAGAGGAAAGAGUUUGCUUUUUAGUUUUGCUUUGUUUUAAAGAUUUAGUUAUUUGAAAGGUAGAGAGAGAGACAGAGACAGAGAGAAAUUGAUUUACAUCUGCUGGUUCAUUCUCCAAAUGGUCGCGGAAGUCAGGACUGGGCCAGACUGAAGCCAGGAGCAAGAACUCCAUCUGAGACUCCUACGUGGAGUCAUUGUCUCCUACUUGGGCCGUUGUCUGCCUUCUUAGGUGCAGUAAAAAGGAGCUGGGUCAGAAACCGAACAACCAGGACUGAACCUCACUCUCCGGUAUGGGAUAUGGGAUGCCAUCAUCGCAAGAGGUGGUUUAACCCACUGUGCUACAGUGCUGGUCUGGAGGAGAGUGGGGGAGUUUUAAUGAGGAGAAAAGUCUGUCUAGGAGCCAAAUGAGGCAGUGGGAUCAGGAAGUUAGGAACUGAUGAAGCGCCUAUUGACUUUGGAUAGUUAGGAGGUGAUUAAUGACCUCAGCAAACUUAAAUGGCAAAAGCUGGAUUUGAAGUGUGCCUGGAAGAAGCGGCGAGAAGGUUAAUAAUAAAAUUGGAAGUUUUUACCUUCUGCUGGAUAUUGGAAAUUGAAUGUAAUGGCAACAGAAUUUAUAAAGAGUUGUUGUAGAGGAUGUUUCUAUGGCGAACCAGAAAAGCACAGCUUUUCUGGAGAAAGAGACUUGAAAGCCGCAGUUUCAGACGGUCAGAGAACUACCAUCUGUACACCUCCGUUGACUUCUGUUUCUGUAAAGCCUCAGAUUGGCUGUACUGAAGAUUAUUUGCUUUCCAAAUUACCAUCUGAUGGCAAAGAAGUACCCUUUGUAGUGCCUAAGUUUAAGUUAUCUUACAUUCAACCCAGGACACAAGGAACUCUUUCACAUCUAGAAGGCCUUGAAGGAUCUGCCAGGGCAUCCUUUGGAGACCGAAAGGUAGAGCUUUCCAGUUCGUGUCAGCAUGGCACUUAUGAUGUAUACAACCCAUUCUACAUGUAUCAGCACGUUUCACCAGAUCUGAGUCGGCGCUUUCCUCCCCACUCGGAAGCCAAGAGACUGUAUGGAUCAGUUUGUGAUUUAAGGGCCAGCAAACUUCCUAGUCCCUCUGGGCUAAGCAGAUCUAUGUUUGAUCUUACAAGUUCUUCUCAACGAUUUCUUCAGAGACAUGAUUCAUUAUCCAGUGUACCCAGUAGUUCUUCUUCAAGAAAGAAUUCUCAAGGCAGUAACAGGAGCCUAGAUACAAUUACUCUGUCAGGAGAUGAAAGAGAUCUGGGGAGACUGAGUGUGAGAUUGUUUUAUAAUUCUUCACUGGAGCAGAUAUGGAUCACAGUGUUACAGUGCAGAGAUUUAAGCUGGCCUUCUAGUUGUGGAGAAGCCCCGACUGUUUCUGUAAAAGGAACACUAACAUUACCCAAACCAGUGCAUUUCAAGUCAUCAGUCAAGCAAGGGUCACAUGCUAUUGAAUUUAUGGAAACUUUUGUAUUUGCUAUUAAACUCCAAAGUCUCCAAACUGUAAGACUUGUAUUUAAGAUUCAGACUCAGACUCCUAGGAAGAAAACCAUUGGAGAAUGCUCACUGUCACUCAGAACUCUUAAUACACAGGAAAUGGAUUACUCAUUGGAUAUAAUACCACCUUCAAAAGUUUCUGUUUGCCAUGCAGAACUUCAACUGGGGACUUGUUUUCAAGCAGUAAAUAGCAGGAUUCAGUUGCAAAUUCUUGAGGCACAGUACCUUCCCAGCUCAUCCACUCCUCUAACUUUGAGUUUUUUUGUGAAAGUGGGAAUGUUUAGCUCUGGAGAGUUGAUUUAUAAGAAGAAAACACGCUUACUGAAGGCCUCUAGUGGAAGAGUAAAAUGGGGAGAAACUAUGAUUUUUCCACUUAUACAGAAUGAAAAAGACAUUGUUUUUCUCAUUAAGCUUUAUAGUCGAAGCUCUGUAAGAAGAAAACACUUUGUGGGCCAGAUUUGGAUAAGUGAAGACAGUAAUAACAUUGAAGCUGUGAACCAGUGGAAAGAAACAAUCAUAAAUCCUGAAAAGGUUGUUAUCAAGUGGCACAAGUUAAAUCCGUCCUGAAGAUUUCAUAUAUUAAUGUGGUGAAGAACUUGACAUUCUUUUAGAAGACAUGAUUUCAGUUUGCUACCAAUAAGAGGAGACAUUUCAAUACAUUUGUUCAAUUUAUUUAUGAAAGACUUAAUUGUCGUAUAUAAUGGAUCUGACAGAAGCUAUAUAAAAGGCAUAAUAAAUUUUAUCAGAUAGCCAAAGUGAAGAAAAUGUUCUCAAAUGGUGCAGAAACAGACAAUAAAAUAAAAAGGGUAGUGUUAGGUAAACUAAAUUAUAAAACCUGUGAGAAUGUCAAUCACAGAUAAUUAUUUCUCCACUCUGCUUUUGCUUUUGUUUUUUAAGCUUUACCUAAAUACUGAAAACAUAGUCUAUCAAGUCUGUUAGUGUUAUCAGACCCUUAGAAGAUUUCACAGCUAUUUCAGUGCUAGGCAUUGUGGAUUAGAUCUUGGCUCUGCUGUUUACUUCUUGCUAUAUUUUUUCCUCUCAGCAAAAAUGAAUUGAACCAUUUUAACUAUCUUCUCUAUUUGGGGAAGUUUGUGCUAUGUGUUUAUAAUUUUUUUAUUUAUAGGCAUUAUGUUGCCACUCAGUAAGCUAUUUAUCACCAAGAAACUUCAGGAAUAGAAAACUGCAUUUUGGCAAGUAUAAAUGAAAACAUCAGAAGGUUGAAGCUUAAUUAGAGACCUGGAAUACACACAUGUUGCUGUUUUUUUUCCCUCAAAUAUUUUUUAUUUGGAGUUGAAAUAAGAGUAUAAUCCAUAUGGUCUCUCCUACUUAGCAUAAGUUAAUGAGCUUAAGUGGCAAGUUCAAUAUUUUGUGAUAAUCACUUCCUUGUUUUUAGUUUUUAACAUGUAAAUGACUUGUUCUGUAAUCCAUAUUAGAUUAUUUUCCACACUGUCUCCAUAGCCAUACGCGCAGACACUGUGUAACAAAUAUUUUCUUUUGUAGUCUUCUUUCAGGUACUUACUAGUCCUCAGUAUAUGGGAAUAACUUCAGCUUAACUGACCGUAAAAGGUGGGGCCAAAAAGAAUAUUUUUGCUAAUAAGCAGACCAGGUACUCAGGGUUCUCAGUCUUCCGCUUUUCUUUCUUAGUCCCAUCCAUGCUAAGAGAUGGUGAUAUUUUAAGCCAGAAAUAUACCUUGUUAUAAGCAUACUUUUUCAUUUCAUUUCCUAUGUUCUGUGUCUUUCAUUAAAAAUUUCCCAGAUAAACCCAUAGGUCUCUUUUUUCCUAGGUACCAUCUCCUCAAGCUACAAAAUGUGCAUAUUUUACACCCCCUUUGCUUCUGUUGCCUAGAUUUUAUGAUGCUAGUGGGGCUGCCACUAUGCAUUUUGACAUAAUGUUUUUAUAUAUGAUCGUAGCCAAAAGGGCAAGAAGCGGCAUCAUAAUUUGCUUAGAUUUGUGAAAAACGGCAUAUUGGUCUUUUAAGAGAAAUCUGUUUUGUGUGGUAGUAUUUUGAAUCUAGCACAGAUACAGUUAUUUAGCUAUUUUAUUUAGCUGUUUGGUUUUUUUUUUUUUUUUUAGACAUUUUUAGAGCUGUUUAAGGUUCACAGGUAAAUUUAAAGGAAGGUACAGAGAUUUCUUAUUUACCCACUUUCCCUAUACUCAACAGCCUCCCGUGCUAUCAACGUCUUGCACCAGAAUCAUACAUUUGUUAAAAUCAACAGCGUCGCCGGCGCCGCGGCUCACUAGGCUAAUCCUCUGCCUUGCGGCGCUGGCACACAGGCACACAGGUUCUAGUCCCGGUCGGGGCGCCGGAUUCUGUCCCGGUUGUCCCUCUUCCAGGCCAGCUCUCUGCUGUGGCCAGGGAGUACAGUGGAGGAUGGCCCAAGUACUUGGGCCCUGCACCCCAUGGGAGACCAGGAUAGGUACCUGGCUCCUGCCAUCUGAUCAGCGCGAUGCACCGGCCACAGCGCGCUGGCCGUGGCGGCCAUUGGAGGGUGAACCAACGGCAAAGGAAGACCUUUCUCUCUGUCUCUCUCUCUCACUGUCCACUCUGCCUGUCAAAAAAAAAAAAAAAAAUCAACAGUGUCACGUCAUCAUCACCCAAAGUCUGUGGUUUACAGUAAGGGUGAGGUUUCUUCUUGGUGUAUAUUCUGUGAGUUUUGACAAAUAUAUAAUGACAUGUACUCACCAUUACAGUAUCAUUUGUUUCAUUGUGCAAACUUUGCAAAUGUAGCUGUUUUAGUAGUUACCAAGUGUGUUUAUUGAAUUUUAGAUAAUAAAAGGCUUUAUUAAGUCAUAUUUUAACUUGGCUUUUAAUGAUUUUUUUUUUACAUUUUAAGCUUUUAUUUAGUGAGAAAGAUGCAUAGGAGAGUGAGAGCUUUAUUUAAGAGAGAGAGAGGUGAAUGGGGGUUCAUACCGAGCACCAGGAACCAGCCACGUGGAAGAGCAUCCAGGCCAGGAAGCCUAGAGCGCAUGGUCGUCGGGGAUACAGCAAACCCCUUCCUAGCAAGAGGCCAGGGAAAAAGAGCAGGGCUUUUAAUGAUUUUAUUUAACUUCUAAUAUUCUUACAAAGUGUAUGAUAUAAGUUGAGGAAAUGCUGUGGCUUCUCGGUUCCUUAGAGUCCUAGAAAAAUAAAACAAUAAAGAGGCAGCCUUUUUAUUUAAAAGAUCUUUCAAGCAGAGAAAUACUGGUGGAACUGAGGUGCCGAAUGUUUCGUUAGUGUUUACCUAAGCGUUUUUUGGGUGGAGAUCCUGAGGACCACUGCUAUGCUGGCUGCUUCCUUGAAGCCUUGCCUGGAAACACACCUGUCUGUUCCUCGGCACUCAGACGUGAGGAAAACAACAGGAGCUGCUAAUAAAAAGCGAAGCUCUGUACAGAAAUCAUUUCUCUGUGUGUUUGCUUAGGUAUUUCUUGACCUCUACCCACUUACAACAAGAAAGGAACCAAAAUUAUGCUGGGUGACCAGAGGAAACCUUGAAAGGGUUCACAUUGAUAGCUAAGUUUGCACAGUGCUAAUCCCUAAAAAUGCAUUUAUCUUUAAACUCUCAGAUUAUCACAAACUACAGAAUCACUAUAUGGCUUUCGUUCAGUUUUGCAUGAUUUUUUAAUCAGCAUAGAGAAAUGACCACCAAAAUAAAUUAGUAUAUUAGUUCCAGCUUUAUCAGACUGUUAAGAAGAAACCAGUGGGAUUUGGACAUAUUUUAUGUAAUUGUGAUCUAAAAAUUACCUAAACUGAAGUUCUAUUUGAAUAUAGUUAAUGUAAAUUUCUAGUAUACUCAGUAGCCACAUGGAAACUAUUUCCUGGAGAAAAUUAGCAUUAUUUAAUUAAAUAUUUGCUUAUUAUUAAUAACAUUAGUAAUUUGCAAUACAUUCCAAUUUUUUGUGUGAUGCAGUAGUGAAUAUUACAAAAAUAUACACGUUCUUUUGGUGUUUGGUGUUUCCUCAGGGUGUGCUGAGGCGACCCAGAUCAAAGUCUGUGCAUGAUCAUGAUGAGGACACUUUCUAAUAUUCCUGUUGCAUAAGCUGUAAUUCUUACUCAAAAUUUAAUUUCAAAUGCUUGUAAUUCUGGCUGAAACAUUAAGAGAAUCAUGAAAACUGGACCCAUAUGAAAUAAACGUUUUGAAAUACAGA